CCGCUGAGCCCGGCGAUGGAUGGUGCCCGGCCCCCCUCCCGCAGCCCCGGCCUGCUGCUGGCGCUGGCCCUGGCGCUGAGCGGGGCCCCCUGGGCCGGCGCCGGCGACUGCAAGGGGCAGCGCCAGGUGCUGCGGGGCACCGAGGGCUUCGUCAGCGACGGGCCGGGCAACUACUCUGUGAAUGGGAACUGCGAGUGGCUGAUAGAAGCACCCAGCAGCCGGUACCGGGUGCUCCUGACCUUCCUGUUCAUGGACACCGAGUGCACCUACGACUACCUCUUCGUCUACGACGGCGACUCCCCGCGCUGCCCCCUGCUGGCCAGCCUGAGCGGCAGCACCCUGCCCCCCCCCCUCGAGGCCACCUCUGGCAAGAUGCUGCUGCACCUGUUCAGCGAUGCCAACUACAACCUGCUGGGCUUCAACGCCAGCUACCGGGUCUCGCUCUGCCCCCGCGGCUGCGCCGGCCACGGCGCCUGCGAGCCCCACGGCCAGUGCCGGUGUCAGCCUGGCUGGGGGGGGCUGGACUGCGCCGUGCCCCACUGCGACAGCUACUGCCUGGGCCACGGGGCCUGCGACCAGGUGAGCCCCCCUGAGCCCCCCUUCGUCCCCCUGAGCCCCACUGCCCCCGCCCCCGAGCCCCACUGCGACAGCUACUGCCUGGGCCACGGGGCCUGCGACCAGGUAAGCCCCCCUGAGCCCCCCCUCGGCCCUCCUGAGCCCCACUGCCUCCCCCCUGAGCCCCACUGCGACAGCUACUGCCUGGGCCACGGGGCCUGCGACCAGGAGUCUGAUCGGUGCUGGUGCCAGCCAGGCUUUGUGGGCGAGGCUUGUGACCUGGCGCUGGGCGAGAACCAGGGUGCCGGGCGCUGGUACAACCUGAGCUCCGGGGACCCCCACUUCCGGCCCCGCACGGCAGCCGCCGGUGCCGUCCUGCCCCCCACUGGGGCGCUCUACAUCUUCGGGGGGCUGGACCUGAACACGGCGCUGGGCGACCUCGUCAUCUACAACUUCACCUCCAACCUGUGGCAGCGCCGGGUGCUGAGCCCCUCCCCGGUGGCCCGUCACUCCCACGUGGCCGUGGCCUGGCAGGGCUGCCUGGUACUGUGUGGAGGGGAGCUGGCCAACGGCUUCCUAGUCAGUGACGUCUGGAUGUACCGACCCCAUGAGGAGCACUGGCUGGAGCUGGCCCCCCCCAAUGCCACAGCCUCCCUACCCCCCGGCCUGGCCAGCCACGCUGCAGCCGUGGUCGACACGUGGCUGUACGUCUUCGGAGGCCGCACCGCCGUGGAUGUCUUCUCCUCGCAGAUGUUCCGUUUCCAUCUGGAGAGGUGGCAGUGGGAGCGCGUGCUACCCGCCGGGGGGAAGGCACCUGCUGCCGCUGGGCACUCCAUGGUCUUCCACCCGCCCUCCCGCGCCCUGCUGGUGUACGGGGGGCACCGGCCCUCCACAGCCCGGUUCAGCAUGCGGGUGAACAGCACAGAUCUGUUCCACGUGGACCUGCGCCAUUGGAGCCCCUUGCGCGGGCGCGACCCCCAGCACGGCCCCCGGGAACGCGCCUUCCACAGCGCCAGCCUGCUGGGCAACUACAUGGUGGUGUACGGGGGCAACGUGCACAUUCACUACCACGAGGAGAAGUGCUACGAGGAUGAACUUUUCUUCUACCACCUGGGCUGUCACCAGUGGGUGCCUGGCCAGGCACUGGCGCGGAGCCUGCCCCACGAGCUGGCCGGGCGGGCGGCCGGGGGGCGCUAUUCCCACGUGGCGGCUGUGCUGCAGGACAACGUGCUGCUGGUGGCUGGGGGAUUCAGCGGGGCCCCCCGCGGGGACCUCGUGGCCUACAAGGUGCCCACCUUCGUCUUCCAGGUGCCCGCCCAGAACUACCACCUGGAUUACUGCUCCAUGUACUCGGAGAGCAGCACCUGCGGGAAGGACCCCGAGUGCUCCUGGUGCCUGGAUGCCUGCCAGAGCCCCGCGCCCCACAGCAACUGCCCCAGCACCGGCUGCCUGGGCCUGGCCCGGCUCCUGGUGGACUGCGAGUCCUGCCUGGCGUUUGGGGGGGCUGGCCCCCCUGUGCCCCAUGCGCCGGGGCCCUUUGGCUGGUGUGUGCAGAAUGAGACCUGCAUGCCUGUUGCUGAACAGAGCCGGUGCCGUGUGGGGCAGAUCUCGGGCACCUACGGCUGGUGGGGGCCACGCCCUGUGUUCAUCACCUCCCUGGAAAGCUGCCAACACCUCAACUUCCUGCCCGGCCUGCACCUCAUCACCUACCAGCACCCCCGCAACGACUCGCAGCCUGACAAGGUGUCCAUCGUCCGCAGCACGACCAUCACGCUGAGCCCCAGCUCGGAGAUGGACGUCUCCCUGGUCUACAAGGGCUUCAUCUACCCGCUGCUGGCCGGGCCCCCUCCUGCCCCCCACAUCUCUGUUUGGGCCCGUGUGCAGCGCCUCCACGUGAUCGCCAAGCUGGGCCGCGCCCCCAACGCCCCCGAGCUGGAGGAGGUGGGGCGCUGGGCCGUGCAGCAGGAGAAGGAGACGCGCCCCCUGCAGCGCCCGGGCGCCCAGCGGCUCUUCGGCAGCCCCGAGCGGGGCAACAAAUACCUGGUGCAGGUCGAGGGGCAUCUCAACAGCUCGGGGACCGGGCAGAGCAGCGAGCUCACCCUCGUCUGGGACCGCACCGGGGUGCCGGGCGGCAGCGAGAUCUCGUACUUUUUCCUGGAGCCGUUCCGGGCAGGACCCUGCCCCUCCUACCCCUCCUGCCUGGCCUGCCUGGCCGACCAGGGCUGCGGCUGGUGCCCGCUCAGCGCCAGCUGCCACGCCCGGCUGGGGAGGCCGGGGGGUGGGGGGCCGUGCGGGGGGGCCUCCGUGCGCCUCGUCCUCUCGCCCAGCAACUGCUUCCUGUGCGAGGAGUACCGGGACUGCCACGCCUGCAGCGCGGACCCGUUCUGUGAGUGGCAGGUGAACAGUAGCAAGAAGGGGGAUCUGCUGUGUAGCCGCCGGGGCCGACAGCCCCACGCCAUCCGCGCCCCCCACGACUGCCCCGUUCUGUGCCACCAGCGGAGCACGUGUACUGAGUGCCUGUCCAAUUCCAGCCAGUGCGCCUGGUGCCAGUCCACCCGCAGCUGUUUCUUCUUUGCCACCUACCUGGCCAAGUACCCGUACGGGGACUGCCGGGGCUGGUACGACAGUGUCCAUUCAGUGCCCCAGUGCCUGGACUGUGCCCGGUUCAACACCUGCCGGGACUGUCUGCAGCACUUCGAGUGCGGGUGGUGCGGGAACACGGACAACCCCACGCUGGGCAGCUGCCUGCAGGGUGAUUUCUCCGGCGUGGGCGGCUUUCCCAACUGCUCGGUGGUGCUGUGGGAGAGCCAUGGGCUGUCCCCCGCCCAGCCAGCCACCUGGUCCUACGGGCAGUGCCCCGACGUGGAUGAGUGCCGGCUGGGGCUGGCUCGCUGCCACCCCUUUGCCAGCUGCCGCAACACGCCCCAGGCCUACGAGUGCCGCUGCCAGCGUGGCUACGCCGGCGACGGCACCAGCCACUGCAACCAGACGUGCUACGAGGAGUGUGGGCAUGGGCGGUGCAGCGGCCCCCCCGACUACGCGUGCGAGUGCGAGCUGGGCUGGACGUCGGGGCUGGGCGCCGGGGGCAACCGCAGUGCGGGGGGGGCCCAGUGCAGCGUGGAUUGUGGCUGCCACUUCCACAGCAGCUGCGAGGCCGGGGGGCCCGGGGUGUGCGAUGAGUGCCAGGACUGGACCCACGGCGAGCACUGCCACCUCUGCCGGCCCGGCAGCUUCGGCGACGCCAUGAGCCCGGCUGGGUGCCAGGCGUGUGAGUGCAACGGGCACGGCCUGCCCGAGCUGGGCCACUGCCACGGGGCCACGGGGGCCUGCUAUUGCGCCCCCCCUGCCGAGGGACCCCACUGCGAGCGCUGCGCUGCCGGGUUCUAUGGAGACCCCAGGAACAUGGGCACCUGCUACCGGGCAUGUGAGGGGCGCUCGCUGCUGGCCAACCUCUCAGGUUCGGGGUCCUUGGGCUCCCGGCGGGCGGGGGACGUGCCUGGGGACCUGGCCCACUGCGUCUGGGUGCUGUCGGCCUCGCCCGGCCUGGAACCCUGCCCGCCUGCCCAGCCCUGCCCCACCAUCAGCCUGACCCUGCAGCCUGACCUCAGCACCCCCUGCAUGCACAGCUACGCCUACGCCUUCGAUGGGCUGCCGGCCUUCCUGGACAGUGGGGAGAUCCAGGCCGACCGGACCCUCAUCGGCGCCUUCUGCGGGCAGGGCCGUGCCCAGCCCCUCACCGUGGAGGCCACGUCAGGGCUGCUGGUUCUGUACUAUGAGGCAAACUCUAGCGAGGCCUCAGGAUUCAAUGCCACCUUUGUGGUGCAUCGCUGCCGGCCCGGCUGCCGGCCCACCCAGGAGUGCUGGGGUGGGCGCUGCGUGUGCCGGGGGGGCUACGCCGGACCCCACUGCCAGCUGCGGGUCUGCCCUGAGAACUGCUCCGCCCACGCUGGCCAGGGCGUCUGCAACACGAGUCUGGGUCUCUGCAUCUGUGGUGACGGGUUUGGGGGCGCGGAUUGUUCGGUGCCGCUGGACCCGGGGAAGAUCGUCUGGGAGACUCUGAUUGACAGCCAGCUGACGCCAGACACGGCCAGCCGGUUCCUGCACCGCCUGGGCCACACCAUGGUGGAAGGGCCAGAGGCCACGCUCUGGAUGUUCGGGGGCCUGUCCCUGCGCCAGGGGCUGCUGGGCAACGUCUACAGGUACUCCAUCCCUGAGCGCCGCUGGACCCAGAUGCUGGCAGGGACGGAGGAUGGGGGACCGGGGCCCAGCCCCCGCUACUUCCACGCCGCGGCCUACGUGCCGGCGCGCCAGGCCAUGGUGGUGCUGGGGGGGCUGGCGGUCAGCGGCGUCGCCAGCGACUGCUGGGUGCUCAACCUCACCACCCUGCAGUGGAGACAGGAGCAGGACCCCCUGCUCCCGGCAGUGGCGGGACACACGCUGACCCCCCGGCGCGGCAUUUCCCUGCUGCUCAUCGGCGGCUACUCCCCGGCCGACGGCUUCAACAAGCAACUGCUGGAGUACGGUGUGGAGAGCGAGCGCUGGCAGGCGGGGACGGCGGCCGGAACUCCCCCCACAGGUCUGUUGUUUGGGGGCCUGACCCCCCCUGUUGCCCCCAGGUCUGUAUGGGCACUCGGCUGUGUACCACGAGGGGACAGAUGCCGUGUACGUUUUUGGGGGGCAGCGUUUCCACGUCGAGACGGUGUCGGCCUCCCCCGAACUCUACAGCCUGCACUGCCCCAGCCGGACCUGGAGCCUGCUGGCCCCCGCCCAGGGCCCCAAGCCGCUGUCUCACUUUUUCCACGCGGCGGCCGUGCUGCGGGACACCAUGGUGGUGGUUGGGGGCCGCACGGAGACCAAGGACUUCACCAGCCACCUGCUGCUUUACCAGCUCAACUGCAACACCUGGAUCCUGCCCAACCAGACAGGGUCUCUCCCCCAGGCCCAGCAGUGGUGGACGUGCCCAUGAACGAGUCGGUGGCCCACGCGGUGGCCGCGGUCGGGGGCCGGAUCUACGUCUCCGGGGGGUUCAGCGGGGUGGCGCUGGGGCGCAUGGCUGUGCUGACGGUGCCCUCUGACCCCUGCCUCGUCUUCCCCGGCCCCGACGCCUGCAACCGCUCGAGUGCCAGCUGCACGUGGUGCCGCGACAGCUGCCUUUCCGCCGACGCCGCCGAGAGGCUGGGCUGCCCGGCUGGGGCGGCCGCCUGCUUCCCCACACCGCGGUCGGCAGACGAGUGCCGACGCCUGAGGACCUGCAGCGAGUGUCUGGCCCGGCACCCCCGUGCCCUGAGCCACAGGUCGGUCACCAUGGCGCCCCCGCAGUGCAAGUGGUGCACCAACUGCCCCGAGGGCGCCUGCAUCGGCAGCGCCGGGAGCUGCACGUCGGAGAACGACUGUCGCAUUAACCAGCGUGAGAUCUUCGUGGCCAGCAACUGCUCAGAGAUCUCGUGUGAGGCGGCUGACUGCCCGGCCUGCACCGCCUCGGGCAAGUGCAUGUGGACGCGCCAAUUCAAACGCACCGGCGAGACGCGGCGCAUCCUGAGCGUGCAGCCCACCUACGACUGGACAUGCUUCAGCCACUCGCUGCUCAACGUCUCCCCUAUGCCCGUGGAGUCCUCGCCCCCCCUGGCCUGCCCCACACCCUGCCACAACCACAGCUCCUGCCACGCCUGCCUCAGCUCCAAGGGGGCCGAUGGGGGCUGGCAACACUGCGUCUGGAGUGUCAGCCUGCGCCAGUGCAUGAGCCCCACCUUCCUGCCCAUGCGGUGUCUGGCGGGGCUGUGCGGGCGGGUUCUGACCGGGACCGAGAGCUGCACCCCCCCCUGCGCCCGUGCUCUGCAAUGCGCCCACUGCACCCGCCAGCCCCGCUGCGGCUGGUGCGGCCGCCCCGGUGAGAACGGCCACGGGCGCUGCCUGGAGGGGGGCCUGGGCGGGCCCCGGCAUGGGCUGGCGCAGGCCUGUGGGCCGGGGGCCACCUGGUCCUUCCUGUCGUGCCCCCCGGAGAAUGAGUGUCUGAAUGGGCACCACGACUGUAAUGAGACGCAGACCUGCCACGACCGGCCCCACGGCUACGAGUGCGCCUGCAAGGCCGGCUACACCCUGCACAACGCCUCGGGGCUGUGCCGGCCGGUCUGCCAGCAGGGCUGUGUGAACGGGACGUGCGUGGAGCCCAACCGGUGCCGCUGCCACUUCGGCUACGUGGGCGAGAACUGCUCGGUGGAGUGUCGGUGCAACCGGCACAGUGACUGCGCCGGCGUCGGGGCGCGGGACCAGUGCCUGGAGUGCGCCAACCACACCAUGGGGGCACAUUGUGAGAAGUGCCGGCCGCUCUUCGUGGGCUCCGCGCUGAAUGGGGGAACCUGCCGGCCCUGCCGCGUGUUCUGCCGCGGGAACAGCGACGUCUGCAUCUCCCGUGAGGAGCUGGCGGCCGCCCGGCGAGACCCCGCCCGCUUCCCGCUGGAGCCUUCUCUGGUCCCCAGCUGGGUGGCGGAGGGGCCGGCCGAGGACGUGGCCGUCUGCGUGAGCUGCCAGAACAACAGUUUUGGGGAGAAAUGUGAGAGCUGCCUGCAUGGCUACUUCCUGCUGGAGGGCAGGUGCACCCGGUGCCAGUGUAACGGCCACGCAGACACGUGUAACGAGCUGGACGGGACGGGCUGCCCCUGCCAGAACAACACGGAGACGGGCCCCUGCCAGAACAGCGCCCAGGCUGACAAGAAGGACUGCUACAAGUACCAGUGCGCCAAGUGCCGGGACUCGUUCCACGGGGCGCCGGUCGGGGGACUCCAGUGCUACCGGCUCAUCUCUGUGGAGCAGGAGUUCUGCUUCGACCCCACCUCGCAGAGCAACUGCUUCCACCAGCCCAACCUGCAGCACCUGGCGCGCGGCCGCACCGUGCUCUUCGGGGUGCAGCCCAAGUUCACCAACGUCGACAUCCGCAUCACCGUGGACGUCACCUUCGGCGCCGUCGACCUCUUCGUCUCGCCCGCCUACGACACCUUCGCGGUGGAGGUGGACCGGGCCACGGGGGUGCACGCCGUGCGGGUGCUGGCGCCGGGCGGGGCCGAGGGGGGGCCCAACGGCACGGCCCCGCCCCGGCUGCGGGAGGAGCGCCCCCGCGGGCUCAUCACCUACCUGACGGUGCGGGAGCCGCAGGCCGUUCUGGUGGUGCGAGGCGUGCGAGACCGGCUGGUGGUGACCUACCCGCACGAGCUGCACGCGCUGAAGUCCAGCCGCUUCUACCUGCUGCUGCUGGGGGUGGGCGGCGGCGGGCACGGCGGCGCCUCGCAGGGGCUGCUCUUCUUCCGGCAGGACCAGGCCCACAUCGAUCUCUUCGUCUUCUUCUCCGUCUUCUUCUCCUGCUUCUUCCUCUUCCUCUCGGCCUGCGUCCUGCUCUGGAAGGCCAAGCAGUGCCUGGACCUGCGGCACGAGCAGCACCGCCAGCUGCAGGAGAUGACCAAGAUGGCCAGUCGCCCCUUCGCCAAGGUCACCGUCUGCUUCGAGCCGGAGCCCGGGCCCCUGGCCGCCGACCGGCUCUUCCUGCCAGCCCGGCCCCACAAGCCGCCCGCCCCCCCGGCCCGCCUCAAGCCCUACCCCGAGGCCCCCUACGCCGCCCAGCUCCGGCGCUCCGAGCCCUUCCUGGCUCAGCUGCUGGGCUGCUCCUGCCCCUACCCCAGCCCCAGCUUCCGCGUGGGCCCCGUCACGCUGGAGCCCACGGAGGACGGCAUGGCCGGCGUGGCCACCGUGCUGCUCCAGCUGCCCGGUGGCAACCAGGCCCCCAACCGCUCCUGCCUGGGCUCUGCCCUGGUCACCCUGCGCCACAACCUGCAGGACUAUUGCGGGGGUGGGAGCCACGGGGCUGGCGGCGUCCGUAAGGGGCUGCUGAGCCAUGACAACCUCACCAGCAUGUCGCUGUGACCUCCCCCCCCCCCGGUCGCUGGCACUGGCUGGGCCCCAUCCCCCUGGCAUGUCACCAGGAUCGGCCUGGAGCCCCCCCACCCGCCAGCCUGUUGCUGUGACUGGCCAGAACGCCACACCUGGCCAUCGUGGGCACCACAGGGAUUGGGCCCCCUUGACGUUACUGUGAGCUGCCAGGGGGGCAGGCCAGACACUGCCCCCCCCACCCCCGUGACCUGCCAGAACCCCACACCUGGCCAUCGUGGGCACCACAGGGAUUGGGCCCCCUUGACGUUACUGUGAGCUGCCAGGGGGGCAGGCCAGACACUGCCCCCCCCACCCCCGUGACCUGCCAGAACCCCACACCUGGCCAUCGUGGGCACCACAGGGAUUGGGCCCCCUUGACGUUACUGUGAGCUGCCAGGGGGGCAGGCCAGACACUGCCCCCCCCCCCGUGACCUGUCAGAACCCCACACCUGGCCAUCGUGGGCACCACAGGGAUUGGGCCCCCUCGACGUUACUGUGAGCUGCCAGGGGGACAGGCCAGACACUGCCCCCUUCCUCCCCCCCCCCCCCCCCGUGUGGACGCCAGGCCUGGGGCUGGGCAGCCUGUGGACAGACUCUUAGGUUGCAGCCGCUGCCUGGGGGCACCUGGACCCUCCCCCCAUGAACGGGGGCCUGUGUCUAACCUGACACCCGCCACCCCUCCGGCUCCAGGGGGCCGGUGGCGCCUGGGGGCCUUUGCUCCUCCAGUGCCUGUGUUCGGUUAAUUCCUGUAUUGAAGGGGGAAGAUGCCUCCCCUGGGUGGGGAAUAAAGUGACCAGCUGGUGCUG